GUUACCUGGGGGUUACGAAUAGGCCUACAAUUCCAAAUUGAACCCUAGCUUCCGCCAUUGCCGCCAUCUUUUCUUUGUCUUCUCGAGGACAAUACGAGGUUGUUGUUGCAGAAGAUCACUCUUCUUUGGGUCGCAUAACCCUAAAAUUUCUGAUUCAGAUAGAAGAAAAAUUCUAGCUUUUGGAUUUCAAGGGGUUCAUUUUGUUUAUUCUCAAGCUAUGGCUUCAAAGAUUCUGGCAAACUUGAUUGUGAUGGGCGGGGGAAUCUUGGCAAGAGCAGUUGUUCAGGCAUAUCGUCAAGCGCUUGCUAAUGCCUCAAAAAAUGGUGUUGCACAAGAGACAAUACAAAAUACUAUUCGCAGAGCUGGCAAAGUGAUGACAGAGCAAGAGGCUCGGCAAAUCCUUGGUGUUACUGAGGAAACUCCCUGGGAAGAGAUUGCGAAGAAAUAUGACACACUGUUUGAGAAUAAUGCAAAGAAUGGGAGUUUUUACCUCCAGUCCAAAGUUCAUCGUGCCAAGGAAUGUCUAGAGUCUAUCCAACAAAGCAAGAGUCAGGGUACUGCUAGUUGAGAACUUUGGACACCAAGUUGUAUACCAUUUGUGCGAUCGAAAGUGUAUGAAACUAAAAUUUCUGUUACUUAAAAAAGAGUGUAAAUGAUUAGUUGGGGAUUGACUGCUAAUAAUGAAGGCUAUUUAUAGAACUGAAGCUGUGUUAUUACAUUAUUAAAGAGAAUAGUGAUCAAUAAUAUUGAUGGUUAAAAACAGCUUCAUG